AAUGUCAGAAGAUUGUACAUUGAAAUCUAGCACAGCAAAAAGCAUUAUUGUUCACACACAUGCACACAGAAACAUACACACACACGUGUACAUUCACACGUACGGGUUCACACAUGCACAUAUUCCCAUAGGAAUCUCCACCUCUAUAUAAGAAGAUGCUUCAACAUAAGUGUAUGUAAAGUGUGUGAAGCUAAAGAGUAAUUAAAUAUUAAUGGCGACUUCAGGGUUUAAGCAUUUGGUGGUUGUGAAGUUCAAGGAAGAUGCAAAGAUUGAUGAGAUCUUGAAGGGCUUGGAAAAUCUUGUUUCUCAAAUUGAUUCUGUCAAAUCCUUUGAAUGGGGAGAAGAUAAAGAGAGUCACGAGAUGCUUAGACAAGGAUUCACUCACGCAUUCUCGAUGACCUUUGAGAACAAAGAUGCUUACGUUUCUUUCACAAGCCAUCCUCUUCACGUUGAAUUCUCAACCGCAUUCACCGCCGCUAUCGACAAGAUCGUGCUCCUGGAUUUCACCGUCGCCGCAGUCAAAUCUCCCGUCGAAGCAUCACCAUGAAUCUUGUUAUUAUACCAAACUUGUUUCUUGGUUAAUCUAUUUCUAUAAUCGAUGUUUUAAGUUGUUUCGGUUAUGUAACUCGGUUGGUUAAGUAUGUUUUGGUUUGAUUCGUUUCUUUCCGGUAUCCAUUAAUAAGAACCUGGUCUGGUUGGAACUU